AGGUUCCAUGUGCAAGAGAAAAAAAUAGCAAUAAAAGUGAGAGCAAAGCGAAAACACAAGGGAUCCUGAUUCGAUCUCGCCGGAAUCCAUCAGAUCUGAGCUUCAUUACCGGACCUCAAUUCACCGGUGUGAACUUCAGGCCGGCGUCUCCGCCAUUGGCUCGGAAUCGGAUCCUCCUUGACCACCAAACCCAUUCGUUCCUCUCAACAACAGCUUUCAAUUUCUUCGCCCAGGUUUCGUUUCGUCGUUUUGGAAGUGGGUUUCUCUUCACGUUUGAAUCGGUCAUCGGAAUGUGCCGGUUUUGAUUUGGGAUUGGAAGCUCAAUACUAACCUUGCUACAAACACUAGACAUGGGAAGCCAAGACAACAAUGCGGCAUUGUCAUCAAAUUCAUUUCUAGCUGACAAAUCGGCUAAGGUUUUCGUGGCUGGCCACCGGGGUCUUGUUGGCUCGGCCAUUGUUCGUAGGCUUACCCAGCUUGGGUUCACUAAUGUAAUCUUGAGAUCUCAUUCUGAGCUUGAUCUGACUCGCCAGGCUGAUGUUGAAGCCUUCUUUGCAGCUACGAAGCCUGAGUUUGUCAUUGUAGCUGCUGCCAAAGUUGGCGGCAUCCAUGCUAACAACACAUACCCUGCUGAUUUCAUUUCCAUCAACCUCCAAAUCCAGACCAAUAUCAUUGAUUCCGCUCAUCGCAACGGUGCUAAGAAGCUACUGUUUUUGGGUUCCUCUUGCAUUUACCCCAAAUUUGCACCCCAACCUAUCCCUGAAGAUGCUUUGCUUACUGGCCCCUUAGAGCCCACAAAUGAAUGGUAUGCGAUUGCCAAGAUUGCCGGGAUCAAAAUGUGUCAGGCUUACAGAAUUCAGUACAAGUGGGAUGCAAUUUCAGGAAUGCCCACCAACUUAUACGGAUGGAAUGAUAAUUUUCAUCCUGAGAAUUCACAUGUUUUACCUGCUUUGAUGAGAAGGUUUCAUGAGGCAAAGGUCAAAGGUGCCAAGGAGGUGGUGGUGUGGGGGACAGGGAGUCCAUUAAGGGAGUUUCUGCAUGUUGAUGAUUUGGCAGAUGCGGUUGUCUUUAUGAUGGAGAAGUACAGUGGACUUGAGCACUUGAAUGUAGGGAGUGGAAAGGAGGUUACUAUUAAGGAAUUAGCUGAAUUGAUGAAGGAAGUGGUGGGUUUUGAGGGGGAUCUUGUUUGGGAUACUACUAAGCCUGAUGGGACUCCAAGAAAGCUGAUGGAUAGCUCCAAACUUGCUGGCCUUGGUUGGACAGCAAAAGUCUCACUCAAGGAUGGGCUUGUUGAUACAUACAAAUGGUAUGAAGAAAACGUCGUCAAUGUAUAAAUCAGCUGGUUCAGCAGAAUGUGCCAUAUCAAAUUUAUAGGUACUUGACAUUUCACAGUGAAGAAAUAUUUCUUUUAUAAAAUAAUUAUCCAGAACACUAUGUGACCAGUUUUUCUGUACCAAUUAUGUUGAAUGAAUACUUAAGUGCUAUCUUUGUUUUUUCUAGAGAUCAUGAGAAUCAAGAGCCACGGUUGAAAACCAUGAAUAGAACUUGUUUAUUUCAUGUUCAAA